AUGGACCAGUGGAAGAAAUUCACCAGCAACGUUGCCAGCAAUGUUGCACCUCAAUUCCAGAACAUCGGCAAGACGUUCGGCAACCUCAACCAGCAGGCUCGUGAGCGUUUCGGUGCCGUUGACCAGGAAGACAUCACCGAGUUGCCUCAGGAGUACAAGGAUCUCGAAAGACGUGUUGAUGCACUCAAGAAUGCUCACACCGGCUUGAUCAAGGUUGCCAAAGUCUACGAGACUGAGAGCUACGACUAUCCUACUCAAUUGCAGGAGAGCAUCACCCAGCUCUCCGCUUCCGUUGGACACAGCGUCACUUCCUGGGCCGCCUCUGCUACUCGCGGUACCAACCUCCCCAAAGUCUCCCCUACUGCUCCUCCUCAGAAAGUCAACAAGACUCUCCACCACGCUCUUUCCCGCGCUGCCGCCUCAGGUGCCCUCCAACUCGGCGCUGACCCAUCCAACCUCUCUGGACUUCCUAACCUCGACACCGCCCAAGCUCCCGGCUCUGAACCCGCCCCCGUCAAGGACGAGAGCAAACUCGGUGAAGCUCUCCAGAAGUUCGCCAUCGCCGAAGACCGUCUCGGCAACGCUCGCUUGACGCAGGAUGACCAGAUCACGCAAGGCUUCAACGUACCAUUCAACUCGUUUGGUGCACAGAUUCAGCUCGCUAUGAAGGCUCGUCAGAGCGUCACCGAUGCUCGUUUGCACUUGGACAGCUGGAAACAGUCGUUAAAGUCAGCAGAGAACAGCGGAGCUUCGGCAAAGUUGGAACAGUACAGAGCUGAAGUUGAACAGGCAGAGGAUAAGUUGGUCGCUGCGACAGAGGAGGCGAUCAGCUUGAUGAAGCAGGUUUUGGAGAACCCGGAGCCGAUUAAGAGCUUGAGUGCAUUCAUUAAGGCCCAGGCUGAAUAUCAUGCUGCUGCGGCAGAGUUGUUGUCGACUGUUCAGCAGGAGUUGGCACAGCUGGCUACGAGCGUUGAGAGCGAUUACCGUCUCUCGCGUGGUUAA